AGAUGCACACGGGGUCGCUGUGCGUGGCUGCUGCAGCUCCCACCGUCUCAUCUCCCCUCGUCCCUUCUGAACUGGCCAGCAUCCCAGCCGGCGCUCUCGCACCUGCCCCGCAGAGAGGGAAGAUGAGCGAGUCGAGCUCGAAGGCCAGCCAGCCCUUGGCCUCCAAGCAGGAGAAGGACGGCACGGAGAAGCGAGGCCGAGGCAGGCCGCGCAAGCAGCCUCCGGUGAGUCCUGGGACAGCGCUGGUCGGGAGUCAGAAGGAGCCUAGUGAAGUGCCAACACCCAAGAGACCUCGGGGCCGACCAAAGGGGAGCAAGAACAAGGGUGCUGCCAAGACCCGGAAAACCACCACAGCUCCAGGAAGGAAGCCAAGGGGCAGACCCAAAAAACUGGAGAAGGAGGAAGAGGAGGGCAUCUCGCAGGAGUCCUCCGAGGAGGAGCAGUGACCGCGCCGAGCCGCCUGCUCCGGCAUCCCAGGAGCAGCUUUCCUCUGGGACUGGACAGCUCCGCUCCGCUCCCACGGCCCCCGCCCUCCCCC